UUCUUUUGCUUCAUCUGUCUCUUUUUGCAAAAAUUGGCCUCAACUUUCUCUCCUUCCGCAUUGAAUGCCAUGGUUUUCAACUGUGGAAGGUAUAGAGUGUAGGAGCUGGACCGAAAUACCUCUGGUGAUCCACGGUGCAGUAUUUCAAGAUACUUGCAGUUACCCCAGAAGCCCGCCAAGAUAUUCCUGUACGCCAGCCUGGGCCCUGGAGCCCGGAUUCGAUACCUCGGGGUCAUCGCUAGCAACAAACCCAACGAAAAAAAGAAAGAAAAAAAGGAAUCAGCAGCAGUGCGGUCGACAGUGUUGCCCUCAAAUACCAUGGGCGUCGUCGUAGCAUGUUUACUGGGUUCAUUCCUUCAGAACAGCGUGGACGCUUCGCUUUUAGGGAAGAAAAAUACCGUGCACAGAAUACAAAAGGUUCAUGUGGUUGAGCAUGCCGUUCUUGGAAAGCGCGCGUUAACCUGUCCGGUCGACCAUCACUCAUGUCCAGACUCACUGGGCGGCGACUGCUGUCCUCAGCGGUAUGGGUGUGCCACAGAUAGCUGCUUCGUCACAACGGCAGGGACUGGCAUGGCCUGUGGGAGAAGGGGAUACUACAACUGUCCGCUAGAAGCCGGCACUGGAUGUUGUCCCGAAGGUUACGUAUGCGAAAGAGAUGGCAUAUGCUCCCCCCCUGAGGGUGUUACAUACAGCAUCGAAUGUCCCGCCGGCAACUUCCAGUGUCCCAUGUCCGAUGGAGGGGGCUGCUGCAGGAGCGGAAUGGCUUGCGGGAAAAACCUGUGCUAUGCGACCACGCCUCAGACCUUUGUCAUUACAAGGCCUAUCACGGCCGUUACGAGCGGUAGAACUACUACAGUUACAGCCGUGAUCACAACAGUAUCCACCCCCAUUCCUGCAGCAAUUCCCAGUGACACAAACAUUGGCCUGCCCAAACUCUUUGUCACGUCUGUUCCCAAGGUUGAACCUGUCGAGACACCAGAAGGCUCCGGUGGGCUUACCAGCGCCCAAAUCGGCGGCAUUGCUGGGGGCGUUGCAGCAAUUGUGGUUAUCGUCCUGGCUGCAACGUUUCUUAUUUUCCGCCGUCUCAGGAAGCACGAGCAGGUUAUCGCGCAGUCGACGACCCUCGGGACGUCCUCUGUUGGUGGCCGAAGCUCCAAGACGGGCGGCAAGAGCGGCAUGACCCAAAUCCGCGUUACCCCCUAUCCCAGACCAACUCAGUCGACCAUCGAUGCGAUGGAAUAUGACGACCUUCUUGAGACCAGCACCGCAGUAUCGACGACGGCGCCCCAUUCAUUUAACCGUGCCGAUUCGGACAUCAUUUCCAUGCCGUCAUCCCGCCCCACGCCAGACCUGCGCCACAUGAGCGUCGACUCGUCGGCUGCAAGCCAGGCCGGCUACUUUGACCUGCCAGCCGGCACCUACGCCAACCGCCAGCAAACACCCGGCGGCCUCGGCAUCCGCUCCAGCAUGGACUCGUCAACGACUGGCGCUUCGAACGUGGCCGAGCUGAUGAGCUCCACCGCAGUCAACGCCGCCACCGCCGCGACGAAGCGCGCCCGCCACGUGAGCAACGCCAGCGAGCUCUCGUGCAAGAGCAGCAGCGUCGAGCUCCCGGCCGCAGGUCUCGGAUCGCUCAGCCUCCCCGCCGAACUCGGCCACGGCCAGCAGGUGGCGGAGCUGCAGGCGGAUGAGAGUACAGGAGGAACGCGGAGGCGAGCGGCCAGCAGUGGGCCGUCUGCACCGACGGCCCUCGCACACCCGCCGAUGGUGCACCAGCGCACCGGGCAGCAGCCGCUCGACGUGGUGAGCGAGAACUCCGAAGUCAUGCACGGCUAUUACGGCUCAUCGGAGCACACUGGACAGACGGAGGCUGGGUUGACGCUCGGGCAUGACAUCAGCUCGCCGUUGGACACUCGGUUCCAGUUGGCAAAAUCGGCGGAUGCACAUAAUGCCUGACUAGGAUGCCGGAUUCCACAUCCAAACCCCUGAUGGUGUAGUUGGUUCAUCACGUCUGACUGUAAUCUGCCCAGUUGUAAUCAGAAGGUCACCGGCUCGACUCCGGUUCGGGGGAACAUGAAAUCAAUAUUUCAUUCUUUUUUUCAUUUUUAUAUAUAUUUUUGACCGGUUUCCUUGUCUCUUUUUUGGCGUCCAGGUCUCGCUUCGUCGGAUCGGGUGUUCAAAAUCUUUCCUACUGGUUCUUGGAUUCUGUCGUUUGUUUCUGUUGUUGUGGUCAAUUUGUUUGACAAUAUCUGGGAAAUGUGUGCACAUAUAUGGGGCUUACUAGGGCAGGCGUUCUUAUUUUCCGGCAAAUGUACUUGACAAACAUGUUGACAACAUCAGCAUUAUACAAAAUCAUGCAAAGAGACUCUUUUGGUACGCAUUGUCCAAUAUUAUACCAUAGUAUGUUUGUCAUUGUGAAGAAAAUUGAACUUAUAAUCCCAAACCAAAAAAAUAAAAA